AUGGCAGACGAAAUCCACGACUCGACCGCCGCCGGUACAGCUAAGGAGAACAUACCCACCAUGUCCAACCCGAUGGAUAACAUUCACGGCAACGUGGAGGAUAUCUCGAACAAAGCGAGCGGUUACAAGGCCGCCAUUUCCAACCCCAACACCAAACCCAGCACGAAGGAGAAUGCAAAGGAGAUGCUCGAGAAAUUGGGGGGUGAGGAUGCGUUCAUGAAGAACAAUGGGAAGGGGGAGUAG